AUGCUACAUCUUGCCCAGCGGUCCGCCUACAAGACCAUCAUCUCCCACGUUGACGGCUUCUUAGAUGACCCGCUGACUCGUCGGCCCGACAUCGACUGGUCCCAGAAGAUCAGCAAGCUCAGGGUCGACUACACUGGUGAGGAGCAGGGCGAGGCCUUGCCCAUCAAGCUAGCGGAGCUCAUACCAGGCCUUCCCGACAAACAGCAUGCCGCGCAGCUCCAGACGGAGGAGUUCGUUGACGAGCACAUCCUGGAGUGGCUUAUCAACCCUGAAGUUGCCACGCUGCCUGUUGCGGAGUGGCCGCUGGACCCUCCUCGCGCCCGAGUCAAUUGCGAGAGGCUCGAGGACUGGUACGAGGUCGCAGAGCACUUGAUUGGCCUCGGCAUUUUGGGCGUGGUCGACGAGGCGGACAUCUUUGCGCCGCGGGGCCAGAAGGUCUUCAACGGCCUGUUCGCUCGCGAGAAGAAGGGCAAGCCACUCGAGGGCCAGUCGAGAUGCACGCGCCUCAUCUUCAACAUGAUACCCUCCAACGCCUACCUCCGCAACAUCGUUGAGGACACGUCGACUUUGGCGGCCUCCACCUCAUGGACCAGCCUCCACUUGCCAGCAGGGUGUGUUAUGGUGUGGAGCAGCGACGACCAGAAGGGCGCUUUCUAUGUGUGGAAGUUGCCGCCGGCCUGGUAUGGCAGAAUGGCCGUCUCGGUGCCCGUGCCAGCGAGCGCUGCUGGGUUGCCUGGAGACCACCUAGUCUACGUGGCGUGCCGCGUCAUCCCCAUGGGCUGGGUCCUCGCAGUCACCUCUUCCAGCACCUGCACCGCCGCCUGGCCUUGCGAGCACCGCGUCUGGGAGCUGGCUUGCCUGCAGGUCUACAUCGAUGGCUUUGAUGCGCCCGAGGUCCUGGAGGCGGCAGAGGCGUAUCGAGUCGUGGGCACCCCAGGCGAGAUGCAGCUCGCCAUGCGGCGCGCCUACACCCAGGCAGAGGUCGCCUACGCGGAGGAGAAAAGCCAUGCACGGCAGCUGCAGCUCGAGAGGAUGGGGGCGUCCAUCGACGGCUGCGCUGGUACGAUCAGGGCCCCUGCCGACAAGGUGAUCGAGCUGGUCCGCUACAUUCUGUACGCCCUGGGCCGCGAGUACUGCCCGUGGCUGCUUAUGCUCACGUUGCUGGGCCGCGCCGUUCGGGCCCUGGAGUUCAGGCGGCCGCUCCUGAGCUGUCUCAACUCGGUCUGGGAGUUCUCCACCAGGACGAGAGGCGGACGCAUCAACAUGGGCAUGAGCCAGGAGCUGCUUGUGUGCAUCAGGUACCUGCCCAUCGCGUGCACCGACCUUAGGGCGGCGCUGUCGCCAGUCGCCACCGUCUCGGAUGCCUCGGAGGCUGGUGGUGGAGUGUGCGCUUCCACUGGCCUCACGCCCUUGGCAGUCCAGCAGCUCAGGGCCGCCCGCCAGGGAGCUAGGCCGGUGCUGGGGCCAGGCCGCAGCGACCUGCAGCCCGCACGCAGCUCCCCGUCGCUGCCAGGUGGGCGGCCGCGGCCCAGGGUGCUCAUCGUGAGCCUCUUCGACGGUGUCGCCGCGCUGGCUGUGGCAGUGUCCAGGCUGCCAGUCGACAUCAUCGGCAUGGUGUGCAGCGAGGUUGACAAGCCUGCUCGACGAGUCGUGCGACUCCGAUGGCAUGGAACCGCAGAUUGGGGUGAUAUCCGAUCGAUCUCCGAGAAGGACGUCGUUAAGCUGGCUGACACCUACUACGGCCUGUGCGACGUCUGCGUCUGUGGAGCGGGCAGCCCUUGUCAGGACCUCAGCGCAGUCAAUCUGUCGCGGGCAGGCCUGGCUGGCCCCAGUUCGAAGCUCUUCUAUGAGAUCCCGCGGCACUUCAAGGAGAAGCUAGCCACCUUUGUUGAGAAUGUUGCCUCGAUGAGUCCGCAAGUGAGGGAUGCUAUCACGAAGGAGCUGGGGGUCCCGCCAGUCAAGCUAUGCUCCUCGGUAUUUGUUCCUGCACGUCGGCCGCGUUACUACUGGUGCAGUUGGCCCGUGCAGACUCGCGGGGGCUUCGCAGUCGAGGUGCUGCGCCAGCCCAGCGGGUCACUCCUGGUCGUGCGCCGAUGGGUCGCUGCUGGCUGGACCUGGGGAGGCGGUGCUGCUCCAGUUCCGACGCUUGCGUGCCCGCGGCCUGCCUCAAGUGGACCUGCGAUGUCUGCAGGCCUCCGCUCUGCUUCGGAUGCUGCAAAAAGGAGGUGGGAGCUGGACUGUUCUCGCUAUCACUUGGGCUGGCAUGAAGAGACCUCCAUGCUUCGGAACGAUUUGGAUGGGAGCCUCCGCACGCCUAACCCCGAGGAGAGGGAGGCCCUGCUGGGAUUCGACAAGCAUUACACAAGGGUUGCCCACAAGGACCCUGAGGCCCAAGGAGUUGCUGACACGAGGAGCUUCCUCUUGGGCAACUCUUAUUCAGUGUAUUCGGUCUCCUGGUUCCUCCAGCAGCUGUUUCUGGCUCGAGGACCCCUUGCUCGCGAGCUACCUGCUGAAGCUCUGUUCGCGCGGGGGGCGUGCCCGCUGGCCUGGGGUGAGGUCGGCACCUGCACGAAGGGCGCAGCCGAGUACGACAAGAAGCUGGCCUCAGAGUUCACAGGCGAGUUCUUGGCACUAAGUGAUCGCAGUGGGAGCGACAUUCGCCUAGACGCGGGCCUGCCUUAUCGACCUAAGGCGUGGCCGCGGGCGAGCAUCAGCCCCUUCAACUGGAACUGGAGAGUCGUGGUCUCGCUGAGGUGGCAGGGCAGCAUUGACCUCCACAUCAACGCCCGCGAGCUGCAGGCGGGAGUAGCAGCCCUGCUGUGGAGGACUCGCUCCACCAAGCACCUCAGCGCCAGGUUUGUCCAUCUGUUUGACUCGCAGGUAGUGGCAGCGAUCACUACGAAGGGGCGGUCGUCCAGCACCAGGCUGCAAUGGCUCCUGCGCAAGUGGGCCGCCCUCUGUGCGGCGGGAGGCCUCUACCCCAUCAUCGGGUACAUCACGACAGAGGACAACCCCGCCGACGCGCCCUCCAGACGCCAGUGGAAGGCGGGGGGGCCAGGGCAGCCAUUCCGACAGCCCCAGAAGGCGAGGAAGGCACACUCAGCGAAGCGUGGUACUCGGUUGAAGCUGCUCCGAGUCACCUCCACCACGCUCCACCGCUACAGGGCAGCAGCCAAGCGCGUCCUCGAUUUUUGGGAUGCCAUAGGCCUCAUGCCCUCAGGACCGCUGGACACCGACGAGGGCAUCGCCGAGUACAUAGAGAUGCUCUGGAGCGAAGGCCAGCCCGUUAGCCUUGCCAACUAUGUUGUCGCCGCGAUAGGCUUCUUCUUCCCCUCAGUCAAACAGAGCUUGGGGUUGUCAUGGAGCCUGCUCAAAGCUUGGAGGCGAUGCGAACCGCCUGUUCGCGCCUUGCCGUUCACACCAGAGCUCAUUCUGGGGAUGGCCGCCCUCGCCAUCGAGUGCGACGCUGUGGAUAUCGGCACCCUCCUCGCAUUGGGUUUCGCAGGUCUGUUGCGCACCACAGAGUUGUUCGCAUUGUUCAAGCAGCAAGUUGCGAUUAUCAACGACAGAGUGAUUGUCCGCUUGCCUGAGACCAAGACAGGGUACCGCAAAGCCACUACCGAGAUGGUCGUUGUCGACUGCCCCAUCGCCGUGGAUCUAGUCAAGCGCUGGUAUGCACACGCAGCGCCUCUGGACACGAUCAGCACGCGGUCGCCAGCGCAGCUUCGCAGCUGCCUGAAAAAAGCUGCUGGCAUCCUUUCACCUCGAGGAUUUCCGCUUCUCCUGGUACUCAUGCCGUCGUGGUGGUGCCACGUACGACUUCAUGUCGCAUCGAAGUAUGGAGACAACGAUAAUGAGAGGCAGAUGGGGCUCAGCGACGACCGCGAAGAUUUAUAUUGA